AGUACAGUACACCAUCGUUGGCCUGGUUGGGCAGUCGAUACUUGCCCUAGUCUUGAAGUUCCAUUUGAUCAACCUUUUGGUUUGUGAGAUUGAUUUUUUAGUAUGAUAGUGGACGGCAGUAUCACUUGAGGACUGCUUGUUUGUGACCUUCGUAUAUGCUCAACCUCACCGUCAUUUGCGUGUGGGGAGACCAUCUCAGUUUCGAGCCAGUGUAAUUAUACAAACAGAAGCGUCCUUAUUGAAGUAUUCGGUAGCUGUUUUGCCAGAUUAGCUCUGAACUUUGAUAUCUUCCAAGGUACUUCAAUUUCUGUAGGGGACAGAUGGGUCGUUAGUGGACCUCUUAUGACAAAGUCAGUUCGCAAACUCAAUUACACGACGAGGAAUCAAUCUCGAUGAAAAAUUGGCAUGUGUUGGAUUUAGUUUCACCAAGUCGUUGUGGAUCUAGGUCGUCAUCGCCGCUAGUUCUACUCAUCGAUGUGUCGAAUGAGUACCUUUAAGUAAGAGCCGCGAGAACCAGUUACUAGUAUUGCCAUUUAGGCUCCCGAAUCCACUGGCGAAGUCGAGUUGUACUUGGGUAGUGCUGGACUUGUGAUGAAUAUCAGGUCAACUCGGCGAUUCCUCGACAAAGGGACGGGAUAGUUAGAAACCAAUAAUUUUCUCUGCUGUCUUCGCUGGCUUACACAUUUUCUCUCGUGAGCUGGUGCCACUUGGAUCGCUGCACUUUUUAGAAACGUCGAUUUGGGCAGGAAUAAUUUACAUCAGUGCAGCCGAUUUCUUCAGCUUCUUUAGGCAUCCUACUCCCUACCUUUCAAGACCGAGUUCUCGAGUUUCAUGUGGGUUCGCGUUGACAUGGUUACCCCUACCGUUCGUUCCUUCUGUUCCUCUACCGGCUAUUCGGCUGUGAUCUUAACGAGUUUUUUUAUAGUUGCAAUGGCGUGAAGGCAGCUGUCAUGAGAGUCGAUUUACUAGAAAUGUGAAGGAAUAAGUGCACUGUUUUUUACAUUGUUGUACACAUUUGUUCUGUAAAAGUGCUGCGUUCAUUGUCGGAUGUCAGUAGCAGUCAGUGGUCCUGUGACAAUCCUUCGUUAUGAGCGAGACGUUCCUUUUCGCUUCAGAAUAGCAAUAAAUUUGUUCGGAUCCGAUUAGGAAUCUGCCAUAAGUACCCUCUCAUGUAGCCAUUUUGACAUUGAGUUUGCAUCUGUCUUCGCAGUGGAGUUCUCAACCCCAGUGCCUUUAGUCAUGCGCAGAAUUUAUUGAAGGUAAUCACAUGGUCGCUGCAUCUGGAUCAGUUCCAGCGUUAAUUCAAGGUUUUCCUUGGCGUCUUGUUGCACCGUAGAGCCAUUGAAUUAAAGAUUGAGAAUGACUCUUUGAUAGCAACAACAUGCCCGGGUUUCCUCAUCACUGCGGAGUACUAAUGAAGCUGUGGGAACCUCGCGGAAGAACCAUGAGAGAAUGAUGGUGGCCCGCUGCAAGCAUCGAAUUUAUGGGGCAUAUUAGGUUUUUUAAUUGGCUCAGGUUCCUGAGUUUAGUUGAUGCUUCGGUCUCUUCACGUCCAUUUCGAACUCCUUUCCUCUUUCUCCGUUGCACUGUAGAUGAGUCUCGUAAUAAGAAACGGUCCUCUAAUUUUUUCCCACCAUCAGUACUUUCCACCACCUCCAACAUGGCCAUCUUACAUAGUUUCAUGGGAAGUUUAUCGUUUAUCCUGCUAGGAAAUGGUUCUGAACGGAUUCCAAAGAUGAGAAAUUCGAUGAAUCGUGUGAGUUAAGAGGCCGUUGUUCCGCAGGCUUCGUAGGGACGGUGUUUGCUGUAAAGGCAGGGGUUUCUAACGGAUUCUGCCUGCUUUGAAUUGAUUCAUAGACCGGCAAGCUUUACAUUCGCCAGACUUCGUACAUAUUCUCUUUCACUUCCCUCGAGGAAAGGGUACAAGCCCAGGACUUUAUUGCUGACGGCCUUGGGUGGAACUAGCCACCUAGUAGGUAAAUCUUUAGUUUCAGCAUCAGUGAUCUAGAAUUAAAAAUGCAUUUUAAAUUAGGGCAGGUUUAAAGGUACAGCUUGCCACAAUGAAGUUUAUGAAAUUGGGAUCGAAGCCGGACAUCUUCACUGCUCGCGAAGAUUCUACGUAAUUUUGUUGCCUCAGAACUGUCGAGUGACAUAACCUUCGAUGUCGAUGGCCACAAAUUCCACCUCCACAAGUUUCCUCUGUUGGCGAAGUGGGGACGCCUCAACAAACUCAUUGCAGCUGCCGUUGAAUCGCGAAGUGGAGAGGUUUAUAUUCUCGACUUCCCUGGAGGAGUCAGCUGCUUCGAGAUGUGUGCCAAGUACUGUUACGGCAUUACCAUAACCUUGAGCCCACAUAACGUGUGCGGAGUAAGAUGUGGCGCUGAGUUUCUUCAGAUGACUGAAGCAACUGAGAAGAGCAACCUUAUUUACAAGCUUGAAGUGUUUUUGAACUCUUCCAUACUCCGGGGAUGGAAGGAUUCCAUCAUUUGCCUUCGCAGCAGUAAAGCCCAUCUGCCGUGGUCCGAAGAUCUCAAGAUCAUCAAUCGAUGUAUUGAAUCAAUCUCGUCUAAGGUUUGUGUGGACCCUGCCGAAGUAAAUUGGUCCUUCUCAUAUCCGAGACCACACACUUCAUCCCUCAAUCAUCAAGUUUUGCCUGGAAUCGAGCGCAGCAGUUCAACGUCAUGGAGUAGUCGCAGGAUGUUGGCACCUGCGCCUAAGGACUGGUGGCUAGAAGACAUAAGUGAUUUGGACAUUGAUCUGUACAGAAGAGUGAUCCUCGCCAUCAAGGCGAAAGGUGCACCACCAGAGUUGGUAGCUCAGUCCAUCAGAGUGUACUCACUCAAGUGCUUACCAGAUAUGCUCCAAGAGUUCCCCACGGGAAAUAAUUCUCUAAUUACUUGCGGGAAGUCGUCUUGCAAGUUUACGGACAUAGCAACGAGGGACGAGCAUGUGCUGGAGACUAUUGUUACCCUCCUACCGUCGGAGAGAGGCACCUCCACUUGUAGCUUCUUGCUGAGGUUGCUCAGGGCAUCCACCGUCCUUGACACGACGCAGUCCAUAAAAACCGAGCUCGCGAGACGCGUUGGUCUGCAGUUAGACGAAGUAUCUCUGCAGGAUCUGAUCAUCCCCUCUGAAUCGUACUCAAGUGACUACACUGUGUGUGACGUUGAUUUAAUGAUAAGCUUUGUGGAGCAUUACAUGACGCAGUUCCGUCUGGAUCUUCAAACAAACCAGACCGCUCACUUGACUGACAUGUAUGGUGAUAUUUCCAGUGGAGGUCAUCACCUGAUGACAGCUGCCACGCACGCUUCUCAGCUCCAAGUAGCCAAGCUGGUCGACCAAUAUCUUGCGGAGAAGGCGGGGGAUGCGAACAUGUCCCUCGCAAAAUUUAUCCAGCUUGCAGAGUCUCUUCCCGAUUUUGCACGUCCUGUCCAUGAUGGCUUGUACCGCGCCAUCGACAUAUACCUCAAGGAACAUCCAAUGCUUACAAAGAGUGAACGGAAAAAGAUUUGCAGCGUGAUGGAUUGUAAGAAGCUAUCCAUGGAUGCGUGCAUGCACGCCGCUCAGAAUGAUCGUCUCCCUUUGCGAGUUGUGGUUCAGGUUUUGUUCUUCGAGCGAGUGAGAACUGCUGUGAGCGGAGGACUCAUCCUUGGUGACUUGCCCGGGAGCAUCCAGCAGCUAGAGUAUGGCGAUGAAAUCCGUUUACCUGGAGCCAACAAUGGCCAUCACAUGGAACCCGCCGCAGGUAUGGAAAACUGGGAAACUGUGCACGAGGAUUUCACUGCCUUGAAAGGCGAUCUUGCCAGUAUCAAGAUGCGCAUCGCGGAAGCGGAGAAGGAACGCAGCAUAAUGCAACAUGAUGCCACCAGCAGGCACAUGAGAGCAAAAGGUGUAUUAUCGACGUUCAAGCCCGAUAAGCUCUUCAACAGACUAUUUUCCAGCAGGGGAUUCUCGAGCUCCGAAUCCUCCCGCACUUCUAUCAGUCCUGAAGUGACGGCAGAGCAAAGAAUGGCAAUCAAGCAGCAGCUUCGGCACAGCAUCGCCUGACCUCAAGAUGGUGAUCACUCCCGCACUUGCACACACUCUCUGUCUCUACUUUGUGGAGCUGCCAUAAGUCAAAUGUACACAACUUUUGUAUAUCUAGUACAGACUUGCUGAACCUCGUUACCCCAGAGAAUAGAAACUUUCAUACCUCCAGAUCUAACUCUCCAUUCAGGGCAAAGAAGAAUCGGAGACGGCAACAGGGCGCCUUCCCCUUGUACUUUAGGCCAAACAAUUGGUGAUUUCUGUCGUGAUUCAUACGCAUGUGAUACCAUUCUUCAAAUGUGGAUUCUCAUAGCGACAAUGUAGCAGUUUGCAUGGGCGCCGUGAGAACAACAAUCCCCUCCCUAGUUGCAUGCUUGGAAGGUGUAGAUGUUCUGCUAGUCCUGUGGAUUGUCUCAUCAACCCAUAGUGCUCAGGGCGAUUCUGUUAUGUUGUUACCAUGUGGGUGUUGAAGGUGCUGACAUCGCAAUGAAAAGUCUCAGGAGGGUUCGUCAGUGGCUAAGUAAUCACAUAGUUGCAUGUGAUUGGUAUGGUUUACUUUUAAGCCAUGACAAGAGCACUUAGAAUGUUGCUAAAUCGCGUGAAGUAAUCUUGUUAUCAACUUUUUAAAUUUUUUGCAGUAAUUUAAAUUCUGUGGAUUGGGUGUGUAUUUGCGAAGCCAGAUGAUGCACAAACUCCUUUUGAAGUA